GCCCUGGUGUCCCGUUGCGGCGCCAGCGUGGAGGCCGGCGGCUCGGUGCACUUCGAUGGCGAGACCAUCGAGGGCGCGCCGCCGCUGUGGGCCGCCUCGGCCGCGGGCCACCUGGACGUGGUGCGGAGCCUGCUGCGCCGCGGGGCCUCGGUGAACCGCACCACGCGCACCAACUCCACGCCCCUGCGCGCCGCCUGCUUCGACGGCCACCUCGAGGUGGUGCGCUACCUGGUGGGCGAGCACCAGGCCGACCUGGAGGUGGCCAACCGGCACGGGCACACGUGCCUCAUGAUCUCGUGUUACAAGGGCCACCGGGAGAUCGCCCGCUACCUGCUGGAGCAGGGCGCGCAGGUGAACCGGCGCAGCGCCAAAGGCAACACUGCCCUGCACGACUGCGCCGAGUCUGGCAGCCUGGAGAUCCUGCAGCUGCUGCUCGGGUGCAACGCCCGCAUGGAACGCGACGGGUAUGGCAUGACCCCGCUGCUGGCAGCCAGCGUGACUGGCCACACCAACAUCGUGGAGUACCUCAUCCAGGAGCAGCCUGCCCAGGAGCAGGCCACAGGGGCAGAAGCCCAGCCAGGGCUGUCCCAAGAGGCUGCCUCCACCAGCCAGGGCUGUGGGCAGCCCCAGGGGGGCCGUUGCAGCCGCUCCUCCCUGGAGGAACCACCCAGUGGGGAAUCUUACGAGAGCUGCUGCCCUACCAGCCGGGAAGCAGCUGUGGAAGCCUUGGAAUUGCUGGGAGCUACGUAUGUGGAUAAGAAGCGAGAUCUGCUUGGAGCCCUUAAACACUGGAGGCGGGCCAUGGAGCUGCGUCACCAGGGGGGUGAAUACCUGCCCAAGCCCGAGCCCCAGCAUCUAGUCCUGGCCUACGACUAUUCCAGAGAGGUGAGCACCGCCGAGGAGCUGGAAGCGCUCAUAAGCGAUCCCGAUGAGAUGCGGAUGCAGGCCCUGUUGAUCCGGGAGCGUAUCCUGGGCCCCUCCCACCCGGACACCUCCUAUUACAUCCGCUACCGCGGCGCAGUGUACGCCGACUCCGGCAAUUUCGAGCGCUGCAUCCGUUUGUGGAAAUACGCCCUGGACAUGCAGCAGAACAACCUGGAGCCCCUGAGCCCCAUGACCGCCAGCAGCUUCCUCUCUUUUGCCGAACUCUUCUCUUAUGUGCUGCAGGACCGGGCAGCCAAGGGCAGCCUGGGCACACAGAUCGGCUUUGCAGACCUCAUGGGGGUGCUCAGCAAAGGGGUCCGGGAAGUGGAGCGGGCCCUGCAGCUGCCCAAGGAACCUGGGGACUCGGCCCAGUUCACCAAGGCCCUGGCCAUCAUCCUCCACCUGCUCUACCUGCUGGAGAAGGUGGAGUGCACCCCCAGCCAGGAGCACCUGAUGCACCAGACGGUGUACCGCCUGCUCAAGUGUGCUCCCCGGGGCAAGAACGGCUUCACCCCUUUGCACAUGGCUGUGGACAAGGAGACCACCAACGUGGGCCGCUACCCAGUGGGCAGAUUCCCCUCCCUCCACGUGGUCAAAGUGCUGCUCGACUGCGGGGCUGACCCGGACAGCAGGGACUUCGACAACAACACGCCGCUGCACAUCGCGGCCCAGAACAACUGCCCGGUCAUCAUGAACGCCCUGAUCGAGGCGGGCGCCCACAUGGACGCCACCAACGCCUUCAAGAAGACAGCCUACGAGUUACUGGAUGAAAAGCUGCUGGCCAAGAGCACCAUGCAGCCCUUCAACUACGUGACCCUGCAGUGCCUUGCGGCCCGGGCUCUGGACAAGAACAAGAUCCCCUACAAGGGCUUCAUCCCUGAAGAGCUGGAGGCUUUCAUCGAGCUGCACUGACCUGCUCGGAGUGUUCACACCCUCGGCCUCCGUCCCGUUCUGCAGGGGGAGAAACCAGAGGGUGUAUGGCCGGUACCCGUCCUCGCCUCCUCUGAACAGGCACGACGCAGAGCAGGAGUCUGAGCUGUCUGUGCCAGAAGCCAGAGGAUGGUGUUCCGCUGGGAGCCGCCCACCCGCCCGACCCGGGAGAAGCACACAGGCCUUCCUCCUUCGUGUCUGCCCGAGUUUCAGAGCUAGUCUUUUCUGCAGGACACACAGGAAGACGUGAGGGGUUAGCCCCCGUCCCCCUGCGCUUCCCGGGGCCGGGUCCACCCAACAGCAGACACGGUGGUAGGAAGGGG